GAAGCCGCAUGGAACCAAUUUAAGCAACUUUACGCCCAAGUAACUGUACCCUUCAUCCCUUGGUCUGUUCCAAAGGGUCGGAAACAUUCCCCCCCUUGGAUAAACCGGGAGAUUCGUAAGUUACUCAGACGUAAACGCAAAUGUUGGAACCUGUUUGCAACACUUGAGACUUCUGAGACCAGGGAAUUAUAUACUACUGCUAGAAAUAAAGCUAUCGCAGAAAUCCGCCAAUCAAGGAUGAAGUUCGAGACACACCUGGCCCAAAAUGCAAAGGCACAACCUAAGAAAAUUUUCUCGUACUUGAAUUUCAGGAAUAAAACACCCAAUGGUGUCCCAAACCUGAUUAUUGACAAAGAUACAAUCGAAGAAGAUCAAGAAAAAGCAGAAGCAAUGGCAAACUACUUCUCCCAAGUCUUCACUCAGGAGUCAUCACUGCCUAUAGGAUCAGCUCUGGCUGCAUCAGAAGAACAUGGGAUAGAUUCCGUUGACAUCGACCAAGGCAUCGUGCUCAACUUCUUAAUGAAACUAGAUGCAGGAAAAUCAAUGGGUCCUGACAGUCUUCAUCCAAGGCUUCUCAAGGAGCUAUCAGCCCACAUAGCCGGCCCCUUGACCACGAUCUUCAAGCUAUCUCUCCUAAAUGGAGUGUUGCCACGUGAUUGGAAAGACGCCAUAGUAACCCCCAUACACAAAGGAGGAUCAAGACAAAGCCCUUCAAAUUACAGGCCUAUCAGUCUCACCAGCACUUUAAUCAAGACACUGGAAAGAAUUAUCAAGAAAAGCAUCAUGGCUUAUCUGGAAAAUAGCAGCUUGUUAUCUGGAGCACAGCAUGGCUUCCGGAGGAACCUCUCAUGCCUGUCAAAUCUCCUGACUGCAAGAGAAAGCUGGGUCAAAUCAAAGGAUAACAGAAGACCCGUUGACGUCGUCUUCAUAGACUUCAGUAAAGCCUUUGAUAAAGUACCUCACAAAAGACUACUCAUGAAAUUGGAAAGUCUUGGUAUCAAAGGCAGACUACUAGACUGGCUCAGGGAAUUCCUCAUAGAUAGGAGGCAGAGGGUUAGGAUCAACUCAAAACUCUCCUCCUGGACAGCAGUAAGUAGCGGAGUGCCACAAGGCACGGUUCUCGGUCCUCUCCUUUUUAUUCUGUAUAUCAAUGAGUUACCUCUGCUCACCGACUCCCCUAUGGUCCUAUACGCAGAUGACUUAAAAAUUUGGAGGGAGCUGAAGGGCAACAGUGAUACGUCCACCUUGCAAGACGACCUCAACAAACUGUCGGAGUGGUCUGUUGAAUGGAUGCUCCCGAUCAAUGUGGCAAAAUGUGCAACCAUGCGCAUUGGACAAGCAAGCACGAGCUCCUACGAACUAGAGGGAAUAACACUUCCAUCAGUUCAGACUCACUUGGACUUAGGUGUCAUAGUUAGCCACGACUUAAAAACUACAGCACACUGUCGCGCGGUGGCUGCACGUAGUUUCAGGUCCUUAUGGGCGAUUCGCAGAGCCUUUACAAGAAUUACCAGAGAUAUGUUCACCUCCUUAUACACAUCUCUGGUUAGGUCAAGACUGGAAAACUGCAUCCAGGCCGCCAGUCCGUGUCUAAAAGGGGAUUCACACAUUCUAGAAAGUGUUCAAAGGAAGGCAACACGUAUGGUUCACGGCAUAGCUAACUUAUCAUAUGAGGAAAGACUAGAUAGUUUAAAUCUCUUCUCACUGUCAUACCGUAGGCAGAGAGGAGAUUUAAUCACAAUGUUUAAAAUUUUAAAUAAUGACUACGGACCUGACCUAUUCUCUCUUUUCCUUCCCACCAGGUCGGAACACCUUAGAGGACAUAGCAGGAAAGUUCAAAAGCCAAGGAGAAAUCAUAUUGCUGUUGAGUACUGGUUCUCACAUCGAGUCAUAAACUCUUGGAACCGACUCCCAGAAGAAGUGGUGUCUGCAACCUCAACUGAUUCGUUCAAGAAGGGUUUGGACAACCACAGAAAUCUACUAGAAAAGGAUUAACAUAGGCUGCAAGCCUUCUAUCCUCAACCAAUAAAUCUGAAUCUGAAAUCUG